AUGUCUCCUCCUCAACCACGCCCUGUCCACCCCAAAAUCUGGCAGUCAUGUGCCGGCCCCGCCGUCACCAUCCCAAAACUCCACUCUAAAGUUUACUACUUCCCACUAGGUCAUUUGGAACACGCAUGCCCUUUUCCUAACCCUAAAACAAUCUCCAUCAUUCAUAAUAAUAACCGUCCUUAUAUUCCCUGCAUCAUCACCGCCGUUGAUCUCCUUUCCGAUCCUCACACCGAUGAGGUAUUCGCCAAACUUAUCCUAACUCCAAUAACUGAAACACAACAUGUCCAAGAACAUCCUGUGGUUCCUGACCAAGAAGAUGAUGAUGAUGGUGGUGACAAAGUUGUUUCUUAUAUCAAGAUUCUAACGCAGUCUGAUUCAAAUAACGGUGGUGGAUUCUCCGUACCUCGCCAAUGCGCUGACUUGAUCUUCCCUGAGCUUGACUUUACCGAUCCAAUGCCAUCUCAACAACUCUACAUCAACGAAGUUCAUGGUGGAGGAGUCUGGAAAUACACUCAUGUCUAUCGUGGGAAACCUAAGAGACACUUGUUCACCACCGGUUGGACACCGUUUGUUAACGGAAAAAAACUCGUUGCAGGAGAUACCGUUGUUUUCUUGAAAAAUUCGACUGGAAAUAUGUUUGUAGGUAUCCGCCGGAACAUGAAGUUUGCCGCACCUGAAGCCGCAGCAUCACAGAAGAAGAAGAAGGAGAAGGUUGAGGGUUUUUCGAGGAAUGGAAAAAGAGGGAAUGUAACGGAGGAGGCGGCGGUUAUAGAGGCGGUGGAACGGGCGGAGAAGAAUAUGGCAUUCGAAGUUGUAUAUUACCCUACUCCUAAUUGGAGUGAUUUUGUGGUGGAAGCUAAGGUUGUGGAUGAGGCUAUGAAGAUUGGUUGGGAAUCUGGAAUGAGAGUUAAACUUGUUUUGAAGAAGGAGGAAUGUUCAAAGAAGCCAUUGUGUCAACCUCAAGGGGCAAUCUCAAAUGUCUCUAUUGUCCCUAAUUGGCGCAUGCUUAAGGUUAACUGGGAUGAACCUGAAAUCUCGCAAUAUCCAAACUGUGUGAAUCCUUGGCAGGUUGAACUUAUUUCCCAGGUACCUGCACUCUAUCUACCAUUCCACCAAACAAAAAGACCUAGACUUACAAUGGGAGAACCCUUCAUUCCUAUGAUAGAGUUUCCUUGUUCAACAAUGGAAUCCUUCAACCAAACAUUGUUGAAUUGUGAUUCUUUUCCUGCUGGCAUGCAGGGAGCCAGGCAUGAUCAUUUAUCAUCAGCUGCAUCAACUUCUUCCAACUUGUUGAAUUAUAAUGGCUAUGGUUUUUUUGUGAAUAGUAUAAUGGCUGGGAUGAGUACUAUGCCAAAAGAGAUAAACAUUGGAAGUUCUACAUCUGUUGAUUCGUCAUCGCCUCAUAACAACUUCGGGACAAAUUAUGUUCAAACUCACAAUGAUAACACAGAAAGAGUUAAGCCUAGUUCAAUUAAGCUGUUUGGUAAGACCAUACACAUUGUUGAAAGUAGUGAUUUUACUGACUCUGGUAUUAAGGGAUCAGAGGAUGGUUCUAAUGGAUGCAGUCAAAUUGAAGUUGUUGACAAAAUUUGCACAGGAAAUGCUCAAUAG